AACAGUCGUCCAUUUCUGGUGGUUGUUGUUGGGUGGCUCAACUGGCUCCCGCCCACCUUUCUGUCGUGCUUUGUUAUGAUCCUCGAUUUUACUACGUGCAGCUUCGAUAGCCAAUAGCCAUUGCAAAUUGAAUCGAAUUAGAAGUGAAAAGGCUGGGGGAGAUUUUUUUUGUUUCAUUUAAGUUUCAGAUCUUUUUAAAGGUGCAUUCGAAAUAAUGGGGUUAGAUUCUAAAUAUCAAAAUUUCACGAAGUGACGUCAGCAUUCGAUUUUUUCCCCCACUGAUAGCACGUCGCGCGCCCCCUCUUGCGUCAUUUUAGGUUUUACCCUUCAUUUGUGUGUUGUGGAGGGCCAACCAAAGUUGAGCUUUUUCAAGUCUCACUGGGGUGACUGCGUCGUGGGAAUUACGCCACUCUUUCAACUUGUGAUAACGUGUCGAUUAAAUUGUCCUUAAAACUUAGAAACUCUAGUUACCCAGAAAAUGAUUCGUCGACAUUAGAUUAUGUGCCAUGCCUUUUGAAGUGGUGUUAUAUGUGGUUAGCCCUUGUGCCAGCCUUGUGAGCUGUGCCGGCCACCACUCGGCCCACAAACUGCUGACUGACUCCAUUUGCCCUCCACAAUUCUUCUAAGUUUUUCUGAGCGCUUCACCAAAACCAACCUAUGUUAUAUAAUCCGAAAUAAUACUACCAUACACUACUGCUUUAUUUUGUAAUUCCCACCUGGAAGAUUCUUACUGGAAUCUUCCUUGAAAGGCUGUGUAUCGUUCUGGCGCUAGUGAACAUCUUGUUUUAUGUGAAUCUUCAAGAGCACUUGUAAAGUGUGUGUAACUCUUGCACCCCCCUUUGGUUUCACACUUUCUGGUAGCAGGCUUCACUUUCAAAAUCUUCAAGUUGUUUCGUGCCUUCAAUCCUUGAAGAGAAAACAAAAAUAGUUACCCGAUCUAGUCAAAAGGGCACAAAAUAGCCAACCUCACCCAACACCUUUCCUUAAGAGAGGGGACAAAACAAGGAAUCGGGAAGAAAAGAACAAGAAAUUGAAAGCGAAGUGGAGAUACAGCCCAGGAAUUCACACUGUAUUUUUCAAAUAAAAAGAAAACUAAACAAAAAAGAAACAAAAGAAGAAAAGAAAUCUCCAUAAAAAGAAAAGAAAGGAGAAAAAGAAUAAGCUAUUUAUUGAUUUAAUUUCGCGCCCUGUCCCGUUUACAACGUUAUCCUACGUCUGAGUUUUGAUUCUUAUCCCCCUACCUAAAUUUCAAAUUUUUCAUUCAAACACACAAAAAAACCCACAAAAAAGUCAGUUGUGAGCCGAGACAGACUUAGUCUUUGCCGGACGUUAGAUUAAUAAUUCGUUGCAGUCGUUACUGCUACUGCUAUGCAUAUUUUCUGUUAUAAAGAUUUCAAAAAGUAAGGGAAGAGGAGGUGAAAGUCCUGUUGGUGGGUACGGUCGGACGAGGAGGUGGAGGGGCAGAAGGGAUUUGGGGGCAGUCGUAGUGCCAUGCGUUACGCAGCUCCCGUUGCCAUGCCUGCUGGCCUGGGUGAGUGGCUUGGCGCCGAACUGGAAGCCAGAGGAGUUGAGGCUGCUUCACUCUAUGCCCGUGCUGUUUUAUCCAUCCUGCUUCACUCGGAAGUGGCGGAAGCCGAAGCCGAGCUCGAGUUGGAUCCCGAGACUCAGCGCAACUGGAAUCCGCGCGCUGCGUUUGAACUGGAAUUGCGACUGGAACGCCAUAUGAAAGAAACGAGGCGCGGUCGACCGUCGAAGAAGAACUUUGCAGCAGCCAAAAGUUGCGGCACAGGCCAUCAUGUCGCUAAAAGAUCAAGCAACAUGGCCACAAACAAUGGACGGAACCAGGGGCAAUGUGCGACGCCAAGAAGGCGUCCCCAUUCGUGGAACGGUGACGAAGAGGCGUUGAAGAAAUGCGCUGCUAUUGAGUGCCUACUAUCGGCUACGGACGAUGGUCAGUGGGGGCCUGUUGAGAAGUUGGUCGAUGAACUUUGCGCCCGCCUGAAGCUCCUGCAACUGGAGCAGAAUGGUGGUGCCAGUUGCGAUGACGGACACGUCAAGCAACGUUGGACCAAUCACGGCAGUGCCCCAGAAUGUUUCGAAGCGGCCAGCAGCUCUUCCGACUCGGAUUCGUUUACCAGCGUCUCGUCUCCGGAAGGCGGUGAUCCGGCCGAACACUACCGCCAGGCUUUCCCCCCACUCGAGUUCCUCUCUGAUUCUGAUGAGAGCACCACCCAGCUGGUGACUGAAUCGAUAUGGAACGUCCGCAAGUCUGCCGAGAAGACCCAGCAGACGCGCGUUCGUUUCGUCCGGAUGACCGGAACGCGUUUGUCACCGCCUCCCAACCCUCAACUAGCUAUAGUUGCUACCCCUUCUUCUUCUUGUCCGCAACAAGUUGAGUUGCACGUCUAUGGCGAGUCGUGCGCUUCAGAGGCUUACUUCGGCGACUGUUCGAGAGAUAGUUCCCUGGAGCGAGCUCCUACUCCGCCCGUCAACACCAACGCGACGACCACCAGCACCAAAGGUCGUCUCUAUGAGCGGGGCACCGGAUUUGACGGAGAAGAUGGAGCUGCUCUUUUGAGCGACGUGCUGAAUAAUGCCUUCAAGUCGUUCUGCCAGCUUCACGAAGAAGACAAUGCUGUUCUCGACUCCGAAUCUCCUGUCGGCGCCAUUGGUGACGGUGGCACUCUGGGUGAUUGGAAAGGAGAGUCUGAUUGGAGUCAUCCGGUUGGAGAUGCCAGUAACAUUUGGGCCCCGGUCGAGUCGGAUUGGGCCUUAAUGGGACCCGAGCCUGCUACCCCGUGGCUUUCCAACUUGGUAGCGAAAUCGCCGGCAGACACGGCUGUCCAGCUGAGCUUGGCUCUUUUGAAUCAUCAUCCGGAGAAGAGUGGAUUUAGCCCCGUUUUGGCCAGGUCUCUGCAAAAGGCUUUGCCCAAGAGCAGCAAAUUGUUGGAGUGGUUGGCCAAUCUUGCCACUGCUGGAGGAGGAGGAGUUGUCCAAGGACAUCCUGACAAUGACGAGCACGAAGUAGAACACAUUUUGAAAGAACCUGAACGGCCUGACGAUGAAGAAGAAGAGAAUCUCCUGACGUCACCCAAGACCCACUUUUGUCCCAUUCAACAGGAAGGGGAUGUUGAGGUCCAGGUGAGCGAUGGAGCGACUUUUGAUGUGGACGCUCAGCCGGAAGAAGUUCACUUUUUGCGCAGCCCUAGUGGUGCUCUUUAUCUACCUGAUUGUGAGGAGAACGGCGAUGGAUGGAAGGGAUGGGCCAAGUACAUGGUCUACAAGUUACCACCUUCCCCGAGUCCGUCGACGUUGAAUUUAGAUCAGAAUGAACAAGAGCAGCAAACCAGCCGUUCUGCCACCCCAUUUACGCUGAAAUUCCGAGUCGUUCAAACGGAAAAGUGUUGCCAAACUGAUGCCAGGCUUUCAGUCGACCCCGAGAAACUGUCGUCUGUCGCACCUUUGUCGAUCUCUUAUCCUUUUGCUGCUUCACUAACGGCCAGCCAUGGACUUUUGGAUGUUGGGGACGUGUGGAAGUUUGACGCCAAAACGGUAACCAAGGAGUUGAAGGAAGAUCUGAAAGGAGAUGAUGAACUCGAGGAGGUAGACGAGGAUGAAGAGAAGGAGCAGAAUAAUGGCAAAGAGGAGGAAAUGGACGGACUGUUGAAUGAAGUUUGGAACGUUGCCACAGCCCUCAACCGUGAGGUCGAUGAAGAAGAACAACAACUUGUCGGUGACAGCCGUGAUUCGCCAUCUGGUGAUGCAACGGCAGAGGCUGCUGAUAUUGGCCAAGUUCCCGACGUGAAGGUAGUGAUGGUGCCAACAGAGGCCUCGUGCCCGCCACCGGUGGCGGUGUCUGUGCAAGAAGACGUUGAAGAAUUUGAUCUGGAUGAGCUGUGGAAUCCAUUCGUCGAGGACACUGGGGGUGUUGACCAAGUUGAUGUUUGCGAAUGGAUCCCACAGCCCUAUGGUGUGGCGGAGGAUGGUUGCGAGCAGUGGGCAGAUCCGGACGUCUUGGCGGAAUCUUGGCCACCACCCAACAUCCCAGUCGAGUACUUGGACGACGAAUUCUUUGACGAGAUUUACGGCUCUUUGGAUUCGAUGAAAGCUUCGGAAACGGCUAGUGGUGGUGGAGGGAAGAACAGUCGUCGUAGGAGACGUCGCACCAGCCAAAAGCAGCAAACCGUCCGUCGUCCCAAGCGCCCGUGUAGCUUUUUCGUCGAAGGUGAAUGUCGUCGCCCUGAUUGCAAAUUCUCCCACGAUCUCGGAUCUAUUCCGUGCAGAUUUUGGAUUGAAUCUUCUUGUUUCAAAGGUGAAGAAUGUCCGUUUCUACAUGGCAUACCGGUUGCUGAGAAUUCUCGCGAUCGCAAUCGCAGCUGUUCGGAUGCCGAGUUAUCUGAAAGCUGCGGUUCCGAAGACGCGGGUGAAUUGCCGGUGAAAUUCGGUCGUGCUGGCAAAUCCAGUCAUGGCCGGAAGAAGUUUCAGUUCGAUUUGGAGGCCGACUUUCCAUCGCUGUCGCACUCAAAGGUCAACAACCAAAGUGGCGAUGUCAAACUGGCCCGCUCGGGUGGUGGUGGCCCGGUGGUGAGUCAAUCUCGCCCCAUCGCCAUCACGCAAGGGUUUGCUGCGGCCGACCAUACAUCUACCACCGCUGGAUCGUCCUUGGAGAACGGAGGGGGUGAAAUUCCGACCAGUGGUGGAUUGAAGCGUCGUCGCAAGCGCUUUCCAUGUCAACGUGUCAGCGCCUUCAACUUGGUUGGAACUUCGACGGAAUCUUCUCCUGGUGAGACCGUUUCGAUCAACGUGGUGCCGGCGGGUAAACGUUCCCGCAAAGUGGCUAAAGUGACUUUGUGCACGACCACUGCCGGUUACAAACGUCAGGAAAAGGUCAACAAAAGGAAUGUUGACGCCAUCGGCGUCGUUUCUCAAUCGGAGCGACGUCGCACCAAGUCGGAGCACGACAACGGCAGCGUUGUUGUCGUUCACGGUGGAAUUGGGUCGCGUCUGCGUCUCUCUUCCAGCUACAAAGAAGGUUAAAGUUAAAACAACAUCAGAACUAAACAACACCAUUGUGAACCCUCCCUUAACCGGUGUUCAUUGUGCGAGUUGUGUACGUGUUUUUAGUUACUACCCCUUACGGAAAAUGCGGAAAAAAAAUUGAAAAUUAAUUAAAAAGAAAGAUUUAUAUUUAGCCUCUUCCAAUCUCCCAUCCUAAACAAAAAUUUUUAACCACCUCCAAUCUCGUCUGGCCCGCCAUUUACCACCUUAAAAUGUGCUUGGCUCUCAUUUUCAAAAUUUUUUUUUGUAUCCUAUUUCUCUCUGCAAGUUAAUCCCUGUUAAUUUCAUCAGUUUUUUAAAUUCCUUCAACCUCCACCCUCGUUGGUUUAAAACAAAAAGUUAUUUUAAGUUGCCUCGUUUCUUUCUUUCUCCUCUCUCUCUCUCGGUGUCUCCCAAAUAAUUUUUGUGCGUUUGUGACGUCGUUUCGAGGCUCUUCAAUAUUUUUUUUUUCUCCUUUCGUCGACUUGUUCUAUCAAUUUCUUUAUUUCUUCUCUUCCGGCGCAUCAUUUUUUCUUUCUUUUCCAUUCUGUCCCGUUUUUGUCUCCCCCGUUUUUUUUUGGGCGCCGGAAUUCUGGCGCACGUUACGCGGUGCUUUAAAUUCAUUUCAAUUCAAAAUUAAUUUCUCUUUACAAAAAUUUGAAAAAUUUGCUGCCACCUUUUUUUUUUAUUGUUGGAUUUUUUUUUAAUGAGUUUUUCAAAAAUUAUGAAGCCCGCUAACGCGCGCCGCCGUCUCCCCCGCACGUGUUCUUGUCUUGAUUGAUUUAUUUUUUUUCUUUAUGUUCUUGUGGCGUCUUUCGAAUCCGUGUUAGUUCGUUCCGUCGCUGAUGAACUGUCCUCCUUCCAACUCUCUGCUCUCGUCAGACGCGCAAUUCAUGUCGAAUCUAUGCCAACUGUUGAGUGAUACCAUGUCAUCUGUUGUGAGAGUGAAGGAGGAAACAUAACCAGGUGUAUCUCUUUAGAUGAUAGAGAGAAACUCCUCCCCAAAAAAAUUACAAAAAACUACCGAGAGGAUGAUUUCACAAUAAACUUCCCCUCCCCAAAUCUAUUUUUGUUUGUAGUUUGGGUCAACGUGAAAAAAAAAUUCAUCAAACUAAA